AUGUGUCUUGCAACGCAGCCUCGCUGGCUCUACAUUCAAUAUUCCUACAAGUUUUUGUUCUUUCUCUGGAUUUUUACUGGAUGUAGUAACUCGGUCAGUGGAAACCCAAGAGUGAAAGCGAUUGUUACCAAAGCUAGAUGCUACGCAAAUUGCUUGACGAAGGUGAGUCACCUUUCAAUAUUCUUUCUCGGAAGGCGGCCGUUUUAAAACGAUCUGUGCCAUGCUGUCUUUGAAGUUGAACAGUGUCCCUUAUCAGUUUCUCGUAGUUUCAAACAAAUCUACUGUCUUAAAGACAAUGCCAUGAAUAUUAUUUUUACUUCAAUAGUUGAUUUUGAAAGAAAUAAUAGCCAUCUUCAAUAAGUUGAAACGCACAAAUUAUCUAAUUGAUUGCCCAAUAUCAAACAAUUCCAGCCGAUUUCAAUUUGGACACGUUUUUUCAUUCCAAUUUAAAAUUGUUGCUUAUCUGCAUAGUCUUGUCCCUUUCUCUAAUGACCUUUGCAUCGAAGCGUUUGAUGGAAGUCAGAGAAUAUGGUUGAUUUAUCGCCUCGUAAAAUAAAACAAUUAUGGAAUGUAACGAAUCACGCUGUAGGGCCUGAUUCGAAGGAACAUGCAAGAAGACUGACGAUCGCGAAGACAACCGGAUGCAAAAUAAUUACGACUUCCCAAAACAAAGAAAACUCUCGUUAGCACCUUUAUAUUUAUUCCAUAGCUCUGCUUCAAGUAGUGAUUUAAACGUGUUUUUUAUGAAUCAGGAAGAAAGGAGAUUAUGACCUUUUUAUAACAUCGCAGUUCUUAUCACAAAUUAACAGUUAUAAGUUGGCAACAAUUUCAUAUUGCUAAAUUAUUGCUCUUUCCUACUGGACAGUAAUAUAUUAGCUCAUAUUGUACAAGGUCUUUUUUAGCGGAAACGGUUUCUCUUUUCAACUGCCGGUCUUAAAUUGUAAAUAAAACUUGAAAUUUCCUUAGGUUUAUCAAAACACUGCUGACUGACUGCUUAGCACUUUGCCCUCAUUAACAUAUUACUGUGACAGGGUAUAAUUAAUUAUACUCAGAAGUUCAAAGGGAAUUGCGGAACGAUAUCAGCCAAGAUAUGACUCAAAACAUGUUAAGAUAUGAAAUGUUCGUCAACAAUAAGGGUCUGGUAGUUUUUAAUCGUCAAAAUUUAUCUCAAGCAAAUUGAAUUUUAAUCGAACAAAGAAUAAUAAAAAAUCACAAAAGAAGGCAAUCAAAACUCAAUUUAAAAAAACAAUUUUUGUUUUCAAUUUGGCAUUUUGUUGUUGUUGUUUUAAGCCGGUCUAAUUUUGGUCUGAAAAGUUAGUUUAUGAUAUGGAUAUUCUUGAGGUUUGAGCCUAAAGCGAGAAUAUACGUACCUUUCAAGUUUAGCCUUUUCGCUCCCCUAAUUAUUGAAAUUUACACCAGUUCUUUAUUCGCAAAAUGGAGAAUGACGGAAUGAUUUUAAAAUUUGGUUAUCACUCAGUUUCCAUACAGCUCUAAGUGGCGUGUGAUACGAAAGACAAAAUGUCGCAUAUGUACAUAAUAUAUCCUGAAAAGGCAAUUCUCAAGGUUAAAUUAGGGUGUUUCGAUACAGUUUUUCAGACCCCAUACCAAUAUUUUUCAGUCGACGUAAAAGUGAUUUUAUAUAUCCUCGUAAGAUCGUUAUAAAAUCCUUACCAAUAACUGACUUUGGAUUAAAUUUUGUUAAAAUCGAUAAUUGAUAUUACCAUGAAAACGAUCAGCAAAAAAGCCUUGAAACCAGUUUUGGGUGAAAAAUUUAACAUCGGGAACUCAAGUAUCUAGUAGUAUUUGGCAAACAAACUCCGUGAGAAAAAACAAAAACUGUUAGUGCAUCCAAAUAAGACGCAUAUAAAUUUCAAAUCUUAUAUUCUCAAUAGCCGUGAAAGAAUGAACGAAUAAGCGAAUUCUAAAUGACUCAAAUCACUCUAAAAAAGCUUAAGGGAUCAAAAGAAAAUUCCCUUGAUCUUCCCGUGAGCGACUAGUACCCAAGAUGGGAAAGGUCAGUGGUUUCUUACAGGAAGUGAUCACUUACGAGAGUCGGGCCACAGGGGUUCCCUUCAAAAGAGAAGAUCCCCAAUAUACACCUUCUUUUGGAUCGAAGAGUUUCAAUUGUAUGCAAUUUCUAAGUGACGAUAUUUAGUUCCACGUUCUCACUCAAGGUUUUUCACAUACUCUGAGUCAGUGAACUCAGUAUACACAGGCAAGCGGUCGCUUGGAAACAUAAAAACAACCGUCAGCCCAAAAAGUGGUCAUGCACAGUCGCAUACAACAGAUGGUCGCUCAGGCAAUGUGCUUACUAUAAGGAUUGUAGACAGGGAAACUUUGUGUUUUUGAUAGGUGGUCGCUUACGAGAGGUUCUAACUAUAGGGCGUCGGCUGGGAAAGUUUUGUUGUUUGGGAUAGGUGCUCGCUUACAAGAUGUGGUCGCACACGGGACUUUCGACUUUUGAUCAUUUCGUGGGCGACUGACUAAGACUGUCAACCAUUGUGCUAAAUUCUCUCAUAGAUAGCUAGUGCUCUAUUCGCCAGUACUUAUUAUAAGCGUUAGAAACAAAAUUACGAUAUCUGUUUGGCGUGAUUUUCAUGAUUAAAGGUAAUGAAUCCUAAGCCAUAAGAAAACUAAAAUAGUCCCUGGUUAAAGUUUGUUAAGCUUCGUAUUAUAACCCAUUCCUCUUUAAUUUGUUUUAGAAUCCAGCGAGCAAUGAAACUGAAAUUCCUUGUCAAACAAAUGACUGUAAAGAAGUAAGUAGCAUUAUUUUCAUUCAGUGAAGUUUAAAAUAAUAACACAAUUCAAUCUCAUGGGGUUAAGGAGAGUACAAAACAUCGAAAAACAUUUAUAAUAGGUGAAACCACUAUUUAACAUUAUUAUUCAUUCAAAAUAUUUCCCCGAUUCUGAUUGGCUAAAAGAACACGCAUAAUUCACCAUAACCAGCUACUGAUGACCAAAUUUGGAAGAAUUUGCGUUUAAUGAACCGAUGACGUCAAAAGUGCAGCUUUCUUGCAGGUUAGAGAUAUGAUUGACAUUUUUACUCACCUGUUUGCAAGAUUGAGUUGUUUUGGUUGUGAACUUGAAAAAUAGCGGACAUUUCACUCGUUUCAAGAGUAAGAACUAGGCGAAAAAAUAGCUAAAAACAUGGUAAGAACAGCGCCCAAGAAGACAAUUAACUCGAAGGGCGACAUCUGCUAUUGGGAGAAUGCUUGGGGAGCUGAACAACCCUAAACGUUCACUAUCGAAGAUGAACUUAACAUCGAUGGAUCGAUGGAGGUAAACAUGUUUUAGCUAUGUUUUUAAACUAGGAAGUAUUUUGAAUGAAUAAUAAAACGAUUAUUGAAUUCGGCUUUCGUAUCAUAUGAAGAAUUAUUGAGAUCUCGGAGGGUGUUAUCCGCCUCGGCCUACGGCUUCAACGGAUAACACUCUCCUCGAUCUCCGUAAUUCUUCGGAGGUACUCAGCCUCAUUCAUUAAUUGUUAAAUAUUCAUUUUCUAUCCUUGAUAUUUGUACUCUUUCUUUAAUUUUAGUGCUUAGGUCCAUGUGGAUUAUCUGAUGCUGAUGAGGCAGCAUGUAAACAGACCUGCGUAAGUGCCUACACCUUUGGAAAUUCCUGGCGUUCGUGUGCACCACACCUGUGCCAGUUUAUUGUAAAUGUUCAGGUCAUUUGUCAUUUCACACCAAUUUCAAUUUGCCGUUUUCUAAUUGAAUUUGUUUCGUAUUUCAGAGAGCGUCAAGCAGCUGUCUUGAGAGCUGUGAGUUUUUAACCAAGGUUAAAAACUUCUCUUCAGUAACAAAUGGAGAUAAUUCCUCUACCCCAACUCCAGGAACACCUUCAAUAACAAACCGGAGUUUGACCUCCAUCAGCUUGAAUUGGGAGGCUGUGCAAAAUACGACUGGUAGCCCUGUUUACAUGAUUGAAAUGGCGUUUUCCGAUAGUGGAGGAAACUCUUUUUGGCCUGUCUAUUUGUCGGAGGUAGAUUGAAUAUAGUCUAUCGUUUUUGGAACGCUUGCUCUCGAUCGAUCUCUCGCUUGUAGACAUUUCUUACACGUUGUUAUUAGCCCACCUAAUUUAUGGCGUUUCCUAGGUGUUUGUUAUACCAGAGGCCACAAUAUCAUUCCCAAGUCUUUGCGCUUACGUCAGGUCAGCUCCAUUUCGUUCAGUCUACAGUCCAGUAUUAUUCAAGUUUAGAGUGGCUGUCCUCACCGAGAACUCAUCUGUAAGCCUUGGGAAACAAACGGUGCAAACGAGUAAGUAACAUUACAAGCUGAAUACUAUUUUAUGGCAUUGCUAAAAUAGAUCUUGAUUCCCCUGGUACAUAAUCAGUUGCCGUUCAAAGAAAUUACCCAGUCUUGUUACUUUGUCGAAUCAUAAACAAACAUUUGGACGAAGCAGUCAGGCUUUUAGUCUCAAAUCUUUAAUUUAAAGGCCGAAGUUAUUUACGUAUAGCACAAGGGAUUGAGAGAGAGGAGGAGUUUGAUUGUCUUAAUUUUGGGAAAGGAACAAAGGAGAAGUAAUGCUGAAAAAGAAAGUGAAUUAACUAUUCAUCUCCUCUUCGUGCGUGAUUUUUUUUCACUAAAUCUAUGGUGUAGGAAAGUGGUUUGUGUUAAUAUUAGAUUUAUGAAAAUGUGAAGCUAAAACAGCCUUUGUCCGUCCUUUUUUGGUCGUCCCAAAACUAUAGCCAAUAUAAAAAGUACGAGUGUGACCAUCGGUUUCCUUCUCUUCUCCUGCCCCCUUCCCUUCUCCGCUUUCUGUCCAUUUUUUCUCCCUUAAUUUUUCUCGUCCUUAAUUUUCCUGCUCUAGUGAGCGUGUACUUAGUGCGGCACUGCAAAACUUUCGUUUUGACCUUAUUUCAGUCUUUAUGUUCGCUAGCUAUGUUUUGACGCUUGGACGUACACGGAAAGUCAUACCCGCCACCGUGGUAAGGGGGGGGGGUUGAUGGAACCCCUUCCUAGUGUUAAUGAUAUGUUGCUGUAUUUCGAAAAUAUUUUAUCUUUACUGGAAAGCCUUUGAUCUUCCCUACAAGACGAGGUAUAUUUUAUCGGUGGUGGCGAUGCUGGAAGCUUGUGACGUCACCAAUUAUGGUCGCUAUCUUGGCCGCCAUUAGAAUUAGAAAUCCGGUAAAAACGGCGAGAAUUGGUCAUUUUUUGUGCUUGACAUUUAGAAUAACACAUAAAUAAGUAAUAAUUCGCUUCAUUUUAUCCACAAGAUUUAUUUUUAUCGUUGAAAGAAGCUGAAAAAAUAUGCAUUUUUACGUAAAAAUGGCUUAAUUACCUGCUGCUUAUGACCUCAUAACUCGUAACCAUAGUAACUGACCAUAACUUAACUUGUCUCAAAAUGCUCGUGAGGGAUAAACGAACAGCUACUGAAACUUCAGGAGCUUAUGUUUAAUCGUCGAGAAAAAGACAGAAAAACCUUAGCGACGGCUUGGCAUCCUGCCCUCCUUGUACGUCCAAGGGUUUUAAAAACCUCUGGCUAGAUGUUUCCAAAGAAUAAUUGCCAAUCGUUUGAAAAGUGCCAUCGGUUAUGGAUCAUUUUUGAAAGAUCAGGCCACACAUCAGCUGACAUUAUUGAAAAUCAUCUAGCAUCUUGGAGAACCAUGAAACAUUUUUUAUUAACUAAGAUUAUAGCAGCCAUGAAAAACUAGGAGCAUGACAACUAUUUUGAUUUUUGUCCUCUCCUCUUCUUUUAGUCGAUCGUCCCUCUUUCUGUUUCCUUUCCUUUGUUUAACAUGUCAGGCUUGUCAGAUCCCCAAAAUAACGUUUUGCCAUCCGUGUGGUCAAAUUGCUGUAAAUUCUUGGUUGCGGCGAGAGUUAGGUAUUUUUAUUGGUUCAAUAUAGGUUGUAUCUUUGUAAGCGACUGACCCCUUAAUUGUAUUACAGCUCUUGUCAAGCCAGCACCUGUCACAAAUGUGACUUUGGACAGUCUAGUGUAUGAUCCUGCCACUGUCAAUGACCUUGAUAGAAUCAUAUUGACUGUAUCCUGGAUUCCCCCAAGCGGUGGGUAAUAAAAAAAUAGAAUAUGUGUCAUUAAAAAACCAGGGGGUACUCCCUAUAAUAGCCUAUAUGGGGAGGCUCUAUCCGAAAACUGUGCCUUUUCCAGGGUUCGGGAUAAGACGCGCCUAAGAGCCCAUCGUGGGAUUUUGGUUUAUUAAAAGUUACAGGAAAAUGAAAAGAAAACUUCCCUUUGUAGCGAUUUAUUCUGUUAAUUAGGUAUGUUAAAGAGGUACUAUUUUCAAAUGGAAGGUAUACAAAAGGGGUACCCUUUCUGUCAAACAUUAUAUUAUAAAAGGGUGAGGGGUUGGACCCUGGGGCGGAGCCUCCUUUUUAUAAAACUUGUGGAGUAGGCUAAGAACAACAACUUGUUGACUGGGAUAAGAACACUUUUUCUCCCUCACGAGAUUCUUCAUCGUAACGUGUAGACUUGUACCAUUUUUUUUCGCUUCAAUUAAAAAUCAAGAAAAGGAUUUUCUUUUUACUGUUUUAUGUUAUUAAGACUAAAAUAUCACGUAGAUGAGAAUCAAACACCAGGCAGAACCCAACCCCAUUGAAUUCGAACUCAGAACCCCCCGCACUCUAAUCUGAUGCUCUGAGCAGUAGAGACGCUGAUGAUGAGCAAGGGCAUUUCUGUCGCUUAUGGCGAACGACUGCGUGACUGUCGCGCAGUUUAUGUGGUUGAUGCUCAUCUAUUUGAUUUGUCUAAUUUAUCACGAUCUACAUCAUCGCGUUUUACGUCAAAUAAACGCCAUCUAUUUAACAAUUAUUCCUCGAGCCCGAAUGGGCUCUGAGUCAAUAGCCCACGAGGCCGAAGGCCGAAUGGGCUAUUGAAUCAGAGUCCAUGAGGGCGAGAGGAAUAAUUGUUUUAGUAAAAUCCAACUAGUUGGUAAAAAAUAUCGAGAAUAAAAAAAUGUUAGUAAUUCUUUUUUGCCGCCAAAAAGAGCGCGCUUUCGCUACUAGUAGGCUACAUCAUAUAGCCUAGUAGUAGCUCAACCAGUCAGAACGCAGCAUUGAUAAUAGACCACUAGUUGGAUUUAACUAAUAAUAAUUAUCCAUUUGACUAUUUGAUUAAAUCCAGUUUGUUUUUUAAUUUAAUUUUGGUGGAAUUCGAAUGAAUAUCGACGCGAAAUAAGAAAAUAAGACACAUCCAUCGAAAGGGGGUGCUUAUCACUUGAAACGUUAAGCAAGCGAAUGAAAUUGUGCUCCCACAAAAACCUGGCCCGUAACAUGACGUUUUACUCAUCAAGUUAAUUCUUGAAUAACCCGCUCAUUUUUUUGUGCUGCGGGUUCGUUAUAUCGAGCUAAAAGAGAGAGAGAUUAUAUCUAGCGCAAGGAAGCUUAGAUACCCAAAGUUCACAUUUACGGGGUUUAAUUUAUUUAUCUACUAGCCUGUUUUUCUGUCCUUUAACAUCGGUUAAAUUAAAUGGAAAGACAAAAAAACAUUCUAAUACCCAUAUCAAUAAGAACUAAUUAAGUACUAAAUAAGGACUAGUUUUAUAAUAAUAAUCAGCGCUUAAAAAUGAAAAUAUUCUAUUUCUUUUAAAUUUUUUUUCCUAUGAUCGUUCUAAAACUGAGCGGGACUUAACAAGUCUGAUAGCUAGCUAAGUACGAAAAAUGCGUCAAUUAAUAGAAUCAAUUCGUCAAAAUAAUGUUUUAUAGAUAAUAAGCAUCUCAUUACAAAAUAUGCCGUGAUGUGGGAACUGGAUCCUAGCAAGUGUAACAGUAGAGGGUCCUUCUUAAGUGAAAAUUGGGAAACUUCUGGGGUAAGUAAUUCCCACCACUUCAUUAUUUUUUUUAAGUUGAAACCUUUUGAAUUUUGAAAAUUAUAGAUUUAUAUUUUUUCAAUAGAUUGAUACGGCACUAAGUGUACAAACUAUGCCAAACGGCAUUACUCAAAAUUAAGUUAUAGUUGUUUUUCGUGGUCAAGCGUGUUGAAAACGUGAAGUUUGAAGAAUCAUACAAACCUUGACGUUGCUCCAUUUCCACAAAUGAUAUAAAUCAACUGUAAAAGGUUUUGCCCCCGCAUUUGACUUACUUUUCUCCACAAUGCCCGCUUUACCUUCCAAAAUGACUCCGGGGAGGAAAAUGAAGUGUUGAAGGUUAAUUAACUCUUCAUAAAAACCUCGCUAAGAUCUAAAUUGUUACCACAGAGUCAAACACUGUAUAAACAAAUGAUAAUUAUGGCAAGACAAGACGAACAAGAAGAUUUUUUCACUCAGCUCCAUGUACAUGUGAUUCAGAUAGAUGAAGAAAAAGAUUUCAAACCAAUAAAUACAAUUACGUAAGUGAAGAUUAAAAAUUGUAGUGACUAGAUAAGGAGCGAGUUGGGAUCAUCCAAAAAGCUAAGGCUAAUCUAGUGGAUGACCCCCAAAAUAAAAUUACACACAAAAUAAUAGAAUAUUAUCAUUUUUUAAAUAAAAAGUAAUUCUUCACGCUAAGAUAGACAAAAAUUAGUAUAGGCAAUAGCAUGAUUUGCAGUGAUAUUUGGCAUAAAUACCACGAGUGAUAUUUCGAAAUUGUUAUACAUAAUUUCACGAGCUGUUAGGCGAGUGAAAUUUGCCACAAUUUUGAAAUAUCACGAGUGGUAUUUAUGCCAAAUAUCACGUACAAAUCAUGCUAUUAUUUGUUUAUACUACUACCCACAAAAGGUUUGUAAUUUUCACAUGUAGGUAUUUCAAAUUAAGCUGAAAUACCACUGCUCUAAGCCAAUCACAUUGCAGAAAUUUCUCAUGUAGCAGUAUAAAUUAAUUAAUUAAUUAUUAGUGUAACUUUGAUUUCUUGUCGGGCAUGUUUACGACUAAAAAAGAACGAAGAAUGUCCGUAUCUAGCAUAGAAUAAAUACUUAUUGCUUACGUAAAAUGAAAAAGAAAGAAGCUUUGAAAAGUACGUCUGCUAUUCCCUUGCUUUAAUAAGGAGUUGCUCAGAUGCGGGGCACAUUUAGACCCAAAAAUCUUAGGAAAAUAACUCAUUUCUCCGUGUUUGCAGCUGGAUAAUAAAUUUUCAGGAAAUGUGUACUCUGAAGCGAAAAGAUGUAAUCACCAUCUUGUUGAGGUGAGUAAAUAGAUGUUAACUUCCUUGCGUAGCAAGUGCCGUAAGGCCCCUUGCGUAACAAAGGUUUAUAAUGUUGCCGAAAUUCGCAUCGCGCGUGGAGCGUGCGUGGAUCGCAUAGCAAUGCAGAAACACUAGUCGGCUUUAUAUAUCUACGUAACAAAUAUCAUGGCUUCCAUGUGAUAACAUCUUUCUUUUUAGACAUCGUUAUUUAUGGGAGCCAUCUAGCAUUAACUUAGAGAGAUUCUUCUUCGUGCUCCUUGAGCUGAAUUUCUGUAAAAGGUUCAGAAACUACUUGUAAAUAUCAAAAUGACAGCUUCGUGUCAGACAAAUGUCUAAUAUGAAAUGUUAAAAGCAACAAAAAUAAACUUUUAGAAACUGUUAGGCUGACUAAUUUAAAAAAAGAAAACAAAAUUGGCAUCUGUUUAAAUCUCAUUCGAGAUUGUUCAUCCGCGUCUCCUUUUGUAUUUGCGGUGUUAAUUAUACCUUCUUUUAACCUCUUGAGCGGUUAAUUUAGAGUUCCAAUCAAUUUUGUGACACUUCCCACUACACUGUUUGAAUUUUGAUAAAUUUUGUGACACCACUCCUUUAAUGGGCUAAAUUCGCCGACGCGAAAAAGCAUACUUAAACAUGAUGAGUUUAACGUACAUUUGCUUUUUUAGGUUCGUUCGAUGAUUGGCUGUAGUGCGAGUGAUAAGGCAACCUUAAUAUACACCUAUCCAGGUAAAUUGUUAGGGCGUUGGUGAUCAUAUUAGGGCGUUGAUGAUCAUGUACAGGAAAAACAUUGAAAUAAAAUUAAAGCAUACAAUUUUCUUAGCUUUUAUACCUUUUUAUAAACUGUCUCCAAAGUGUGAGGUGAAAAAUAAAGCUGUCUGAAAAGUCCUAUUUUAAGUGAAGAACAAUCCUUUAAAAAACUAAAACAGAAUCGUUUGAAUGACUUUAUAUACACUUAAUACCUGUGUCAAAUUUAGUAGUCAAAGUGUACUCCUAUUCUUACCCAGCGAUGAAACCUACAGCUGAUAAAAUGGUAGGAGGGUAUAAGGAUAAAUCGUUGUAGACUAAAGUUUUAUGCGUUUGUUCAUCUUUUUACAGGCUGUCAAAAUAUAACAAAUUUUCCCAAAAGUGAAUGCUACAAAUGUAAGUUUUACAAUAGUUUACCAUUGCUUUAUAGGCAGUCAUAAGCAUGUAGAUUUAACAUAGAUUACGAUUUUUAGCUGAAGUACCUGAAAUGACGCUUGUUUGUGAAGUCGAGAAAAUGUGACUUUUUUUCAAGCAGCAAAAGUAUAGUAGUCCUUCAUUGCGAGGGUCGAGCAACUAUGAUUUAUCUCGCAGUGAGUCCGUCCGUAGUUCCGUACAUUUACUCUUGACUUUUCAUUUAAUUAUAUACUGGUAUAAAGUUCUGGUAUCCUUUUUGGCAAUGCGUUCACACUACAACUAUAAAAAAACUAAGCUUAAUGAAGAAAAACGUUUUUAAAAAAGCUCUGACUCUUAAUAAUAAUAAUAAUAAUAAUAAUAAUAAGUGGCAAGGAAAGUUAUUCCGUAUCAGAUGGGAAGAUGAGAGCCUAAGCAUAGCCAGCUGCUUUGCAUGGUUAAAAGGUUGGGCUACAUGCCCUACACAUACCAUCGCGGGCAUGUAUGAACUGUAUGAGCAGUUGUUACCUACGAAGCUCUACACAAAGGAGAAGACGCAAACCUCCACCGACGGCGAAGUUCUAUGCAGGUUAUGUGGGAAGGUAGCUGAGAGCGUUGCACAUGUACUGGCUGGAUGUUCCUCCCUGGCACAAACCAAGUACCUAUACAGGCAUAAUGCAGCUUUGAAGAUUCUGUUUUUUGAGCUCCUGCGAGAGCAUGGGUUAAUGGAAGAGGUUCCACCAUGGUACUCACCGGUGAUGCCAAAACCAGCCUACCAGAACACCACGAGUGAGGCGUUUUGGGAUAUUCCCAUCUAUGCAGAGCACAACGAAGUUAGAGCAAAUCGGAUCGACGCGCGACUUGUCAACCACGAGAGGAAAGAAGUCUGCACAAUUGAAAUGAGCUGCCCAUGGAUUGAGAGUAGAGCUAAGAAAGAUGAGGAAAAGACACUCAAGUAUGGGCCCAUGAUGUGGGAGCUGAAGCAGAGAUACAAUGGUUACAGGGUUGAACAGUACAACGUAAUAAUUGACGUACUGGGGGGUUACUCUAAACACAUAGAGAAGUCGGUGAGGAAGCUACUUGGAGCGAAUGCAGAAGUCGGUCAUCUCAAACACUUUAAACAUUGCCAGAACAUUUAAGAUAAAUACUUAGUUAGGGCGCUAUGGACUUCAGUUUUUAGGUUUUUGUUUUUUCUCUAGAAAUCUAGAAACACAAGCUUGCUGACGUUUUUAUUUAGAUUUUUUAGAACAUUAGAGUGUGAUAUUAUUAUAAAUAUGUUUUUAGUAGAGAUAGCGAAGGUUUUACAGAGUAUCAGAAUUUAAUAAUAUUCUAAAUUGGCUUUUUAAGUAGAGAUAUUUAUAUCCCUAUGUAUAAGCUUUUAGUAGAGAUAGCGAAGGUUUUACAGAGUAUCAGAAUUUAAUAAUAUUCUAAAUUGGCUUUUUAAGUAGAGAGAUUCAUAUCACUAUGUAUUUUAGGAUUGUAUUAGGUUUCGUAUCGACCUUUUUUUACUUCUAAGUAUAGCUUCUCAAGUGGUGUAGGUUACGCUUUGCGCCCUAUACUACUCAUAAUGUGGACAGCAUUCCAAAGUUUCAUACUGCGACAUAAUAAUAAUGAUGUAACGCUCCUUUUCCGAUGUAAAUAUGAUUAAAAGUAGUCCUUUGGAUGGCGGAGGGUAUCUGUUUACUGAAAAAAUGCCGUGAAUAAACUGGCGCGUGGCUAGCGCUAUUGAAGCAAGAGGAUUAAGCGAACCUCGUGUCGGACAAUUACAAUUAGAUUUAGUUUAAUAAGAUAGAUUGAACACCGUAGGAAGAUAUAUAUAAAGAUGCUCAUAUUUUGAGCGCUACCACUACGUCAUGCUCUGACAAAUUAAGGUGACUCGACCCAGUUUUUUUGGGGGGGGUACCAUCCUACUUUGAAGCUCUCUGGUAUCCCCACCUUUACUUUUAUCGUAAGUCUAACACAUAGAAUGGAUAACAUAUAGAUCAAUCUGCAAUAUAAAAUAAAAUUUUUGGCGAUCGGAGUAAAUGUCACGUGGUUAUAAUGCCACGCCUCUUUGAGGUCUGAGUCGAAAAUCUGCUGUUGCCGGCAUUUUUUCGUGAAAAUCUCUCGGCUACACAUAGUGUGCAUUAGUGCCUUGCGCUGAACAGAGUUUAACCAAAAUCGCAAAGACCCAAUUCGAGAAAUUCAGCGGUUUUCAAGUUUAGGUCAUAAUUUAUGCGAAAAUGAUAAGCAAACUUUACACGAUUAUAUCUAAUAAACUAUGAGACUCAUCGCUUUAUUUUGGGCAUCGUUAUAACAAAUGGGUCCUUGCAAGUCAGCAAAAUGCUUUAGGGUCUUGUAAAUGUGCGCAAUUUCGAGCAAAGCAAACAUAGAGAAAUUAUAGUUUUCGCUAUUUGUUGACGUAUGUCAGCGUUUAAGAGUCCUUCUCACGAAAAAAGCAUUUUCUUAAAAAUUCGUAGUUUUUUUUCCUUUUUUUUUAACUAACUACCCGGAUUCUGAAUUUCAUGGUCAUUGAAAAACUGUGACAUUAUAUUCUAUAAGCCCGAACUUGAGUAAACAUUGAAGAUUUUUUAGCGUUUUGGCUGAGUUUGUGCUUUUGGGAGUUGUCUACUGUUUCUAGUCUGUCAUUAUACAGCAUUCUUGUUCAGCACGCGUGCAAUGACCAUGCUUGGCUGACUUCCGAAUGCUCGAUCGCCAAAAAUUUUAUGUUAUAUUGUAAAUUGAUCUAUAUAUUAUCCAUUCUAUGUGUUAGACUUACGAUAAAAGUAAAGGUGGGGAUGCCAGAAAGCUUCAAAGUAGGAUGGUACCCCGCCCCCCCAAAAAAACUGGGUCGAGUCACCUUAAAGGGCUAGUAUUCAACUUUCAGUCAGGAGCCCAUUAGGUUAUGGGUUUCUGUUUUAGUAUAUCUCCCAUUUGGUCAAUCUCCCUUAUUGACCUGAUACAUUAGAUAAUUAACAUAACAGUAACGUGAAAACAUUAUUGUUAUAUAAUAAUUUAAUCAUCCGUUUCUUUUGAUGAAAUACGUCAAGUAAUUCCUGGUCAUUAUGUUACAUGUUUAGUUGAUCCACCAGAAGCACCAAUAGAAGACAGGGUAGUACACAAUAUCAGACCCUCUUUAACAACCCAAGACGACUAUAGAUUCCAAGUGAAUAUCGCCUGGGAUCCACCAGUAUACCCUUACAAGAACGUUAAAGGGUACUAUGUUUGGAUAUGGAAAGGAAACAAAUUUAUCAGUUUCCACCGUCCGGUAAGCGUUGACAAAUUGAUCACUGCAAUCGGUGAUGAUUUGAUUUUGUCAACUCAUAACCACUAUGUCUUCACUUUGGCUCUGCACACUGUAAUUAAACGAUCUUGCAUGGCGCAAAUUAACUCCCCCAAGAUAAGUGCAAAAAAGGUGGUCAUUUGAGUUAGAGAAAUCAUGUCCAUUCACGUAAAGCAAAAUUGUGCAGAAAAUUAUUAUCUAUUCAUUCCAUAUUUUAAGUAGUAAGUAAGUAUACUGUUGCAUUAUUAUUAUAAGUUCAUCUUCAAAUUUCCGAAUACUUUUUUCAUCAAGAAUCUAAGAAACAUAACUUUCCCGAAAAAACACCUGUAUACAGUCAGCCACUUCUCCGCAACGGCCACUUUUUUGGCGGACAGUCCAUACAUUGACUCUUGUUUAAAACUCUCUACAAUGGCCACUUUCUUCUGUCCCCAAGUUGGCCGUUGGGGAGAGGUUCAACUUUAUGUAUGCAGGAGCUGCCGAAUUACCAAAAAGGUUAGCCAGAUGCACAAAAUAAAAGGAAAAGGUCAUGAUUCACGUGUUCUCUUGAUAUUUGAGUCACAGAGUUUCAAAUUAUGUAUUUGAUUGAUUGCAAAUUAUGUUGACAGAUAAAUCAUUUAAAGGAACAUUCUAGUUAAAAGCAUCGUUUUUCAUUUUAUUUCCGCCCUUUUUCUAACAUCUAGCUAAUAUUUCAUGCAUUUAAGAAAUGACUCCAUUAAGUUGUAGACCUUGGUUCAAUGAUUUUUUGAGAUUUUUUUUUAGAUCAUUCUUCUAAUAUUUUUGAUAUAUAGAAAUUGGGGGGGGGGGGGGGGGGGGGGAAGAUGCUUAAACUCUCAGAAAAUUGCAAAAACAAAUAGAUUUUAGGGUUGUUAAAAAUUGAAAUAUGAAGUGAACAAUAAACCCAGAUAGUCCAGUACCAACUGGUUUAUGUGAAUAUGUUUAUGUGAAUAUGUUGAAACAAAGGAAAAACAGAAAUUAACUGAAAUAAAAAAUUACCUGCAUCAUAUACCUGUUUCAGUUACCCUAAUUUAUUUCCUUCUCAAAUAAUCUUCAUCUCCCCCGCCCCUUACCACCAAAAAAUAACCAGAAUACCCCUUUAACGCCGACUGUUAUAUUGCAGGCGGAUCCUAGCUUGUUAAUAAAGAAUCUACGACCUGGAACAACUUACAAAAUUGAAGUAAGAGAAUUUAGUUAUAAGUGCAGCGUGUUGAUAACUGUUUAGAUGGGAAGGCUUAGGAUUUUCAUUGAUUUUUUUUUUAACAAAACAUUAUUAAAUUGUUCAACAGGUCAUACCACGCUUUCCAGACGACCUUCCAUCAUCGAAAAGGAGAUUCAUCAAUUUUACUACGCCUGGUGAGCUCAUUUAUUUUCAAGUACUAAGAAACUGAAAGUGGGUGCAUGUAGUCAGUAAAACAAUAAUUCAAUAACUAGGUGGAUCCCGAAUAGGACUGUUGUUGGCAGUGACUGUCGUUUUGACAACCUGUUCAGUUCUAGUCAUCUUCAGAGUCAAAUUGAGCUGUACGGCACGUCAGUUGAUGAUAUUAAACUCUUUUUAUCGACCUGAUUGGUAAAUUAACUCGCGAUGUUAUUGGACGUCUGUCAAUUAACCCGUGGUGUCACAGAUGAUCAAUCGUUUAUGUUAGCCAAUAGCCUCCAAGAUCAGCAUAAUUUUCACGUCAUACAAAUUCAAUAAUUGUUUGAAUAUUCAUUCAAAAUAUUUCUAAGUUCUUAACAUGCUUACCUCCUCGUAGACCUUUUUCAAAACUUCGGUCUAUUUCUCGGCACGAUUCGGUUUCAGGAUAUAAACAGAUCUUAUGUCUUGCAGAUACUCCUCAAAGAGUAGACAACAUCCGUCGAGCAAUAUGUUUUGCAUAUUCUUGCAUUUCUUCCGUUCAGUUGUUGUCAAAAAUUCAGCUAUUUUGCAUUUUUUUGUUCAUUAUUGCCAAGAGAGCUAUUCCCUCGUUUCCAAUCAAAUAUACAAUUCAAUCGAUGGUAUGUUACCCACAUCUUCCAAAUAAUUAUGGUGAGCUUCAGUUGAUUAUUAAGAAGUAGACGCAGGGUUGGAGGCAAUCAGAAACGGCGAAAUAUUUUGAAUGAAGUAUAUCAUCAUCUUUAAUCGUCGUUGUUAUCACCAUUAUCAUUAUUGUUAGUACUAGUACUACUACUACUACUACAGCAUUGAAAAUUCAAAAAAACUAGAAUUUUAUAAAACUUUUGAAGAUGAAUAUUCUACAUCUGAUUAUCUCUACCAGCUAAGACAUUAUGAUGAACGACAAAAUAUUGUUAAGUUUAAAAUUUAGUAAUCACAAACUUCUGAUUGAACAAGGUCGAUACCAAGUGGAUCAUUUGCCAAGAGAACAUAGAUUAUGUCGUUUAUGUAACUCAAUUCAGGUAGAAGAUGAGAUUCAUUUCUUUUUUCACUGUAAUAAAUACUCAGUACAGAGACAGGCAUUCAUUAAUCAAAUCAAUCGAAUAAUACUUGACUUUAACAAGAAUCAUCUCCAGAAAGCAUAAAACUGUUAAUGAAUUCGAAGGAAUAUCAUGUAAACAAGUUAGUUACGAAGUUGAUUUCCUUCUGUAUGAACAUAUGUGAUUCAUUGUUACUAAAGUACCUAUUUUUUUUUAUGUAGUUCAGGCAUGAACUAGGCAUGCUUUUGCAAUACUGUGGGCAUGCAAAUAAAGCAAUUUAUUACUAUUACUUACUACUACUACUACUACUACUACUACUACGACGACGACGACGACUACUACUACUACUACACUAGUGUAAUUUCCAUUAUUCCCUCUACGCAGCUGUGCCUCGAAACGAAGUGAAGGUCCAAUUAAAAGCUUGUAACUUCUACCCUUCGCCAGAAGGAGGUAGCUUCGUUGCUAACAUUUCCUGGAAUAAACCAACGUUCAAUUAUAGCUCCCUUACUGCCUACCAGUUAUAUUACCAAGUAGGAAGCCAACAACGAUUAGGGAACACAACCGUAAGUAUUUUUGUCAAACCUUUAGAACUGAAGCAGUCAACCCUGAGUUAUUAUUCAAGAAAAUAAGGAUAUUAAAAGAGCGAAAUAUCUACUUACACAACGAAUUGACUUCAUAGUUUCUCUCUCUUUCCUGUGCCGCCAAAAGAAAAGAAUUAAAAGACCACUAAAACGCCAUGCAAAGUGUAAUCUGCUCUACUAGUAAGGUAGAUCUUGUCAAAAACUAUAAAUAACUCUUUGGGACCUCUAAAAAAGUAACUGCCACCGCUUAAUAAAGGUCAGUUUUACGGUGAUUAAGGGAAAUGGUUUACGGGACUUUCAAGUGACCGCUAAUUAAAUUAGUAGGGGUAAGUUUAAUACAGGUUUGACUGUACUAAUUAGCUUGGUUACGACAUUACCUAACGUUACCAUAACCCUAAUACCCUAAGCACAAGCACCAGAAAGAUCUAGCGGUAAGCAAAGGAGGCAUGUUUCAACUUUAACAGAGUAGGCCGGCAAGGGUGUGAUGAGGAUUGUAUUUUUGUAUUUUUUCGCAGAGUCAAACUCACUUCUUAAUCACUGGGGUGAUGCACGGCGAGCAAGUUACGUAUUCGGUAAGCUCCUUAUGUACCCGGUGAAAUUAGCCAUGUAUCAUGACAUUGAUCACUUUCAAAGUUAUUCAGUCUAUGAGUCAUUUACUUGGCGGGCAAACUGGCCAGUUUUCGGUUUGGUAAAUUGUAAACAAAAUUCAGAACUGGUAAAUUUAAUACCUUGAAUCGCAUUUAAAUUCUGCACAAAUCAGUUCCAUUUACCGAAAAACGACUACGAAAGCUUGAUACUGGUCUCGAAGGUGGCUUUGAAGAAAGGGAACACCAAUUGCGGAUUGGAAUAUUCCGUCCGGACAUACAGGACUUAACCUUUUCAGAUGCUCCUUUGCUCCCGGAAAUUUUCCUUAACUUUGGAACGACCAAGAAAGUCGAGUACCAUUUACUUCCCAACCGGACUUUCCUGAAACGUUUUGUAAACAGCCACUGUAUUAGAGAGGUUUUCAAUCUUUAAUUAUAGUACACUAAGGGAUGGAAAAAUGAACAAAAACAGGUGGAAUGGCGGAUGAGUGUGUUCAGUACCACAGCAGACUUGCAGACCUGAUCGCAAAUAACGAGGGAGAAAGUUACUCAAGCGCAAUUUCCUGGAUAAGAGCUAAAGUAUCUUUCGCCAUCGUACGCUCUGCGAUACUAUGCUUGAGAGGCUCAAGAUCCAGAAGACGACAGCUAGACUUUCUUGACUCAGAUCUUCAGAUCGAAAAAAUUAGAGCCUGCCCGAAUUAAUUACUUAUUAUUAUUAUUAUUAUUAUUAUUUUAUUUUUUUUUUUUUAAUAUAUUUAAAGAACUUUUUAAGGAAUUAGGAAUUUAGGAAUACGAGAUUUUAUUCUUUUUAACUUGUUUCCCUUUAAUGUCAGAGACGGAUGAUUCUCUUUCUUAAUUACUUAAUUUAAAACUCUGGACCGCCUGCAAGGCCGGGCUGCAAGAGUUAUUCAUCGCAUCUGAGCCGCAAGGAAUGUAUUUGGGAAAUCGUUAUUGACACAGUGAUUGUACUUAAUUCUUACUUCAAAUAUUUCUGUAAAUUAUAUACAUAUACAUAUUUUUAAAUUUAUUUUAUUAAAACAAAAACAAGCAGUUAUAAAUAGAUUGAUUGGCCUUUGCUUGAAGUCGAAAACACUGCUCAAUUUUUUUUCAGAUCACUCCAAUAUACAAGCACCAUGAGUGGAUUACAGGAACAGAAGCACUCGGAGAAAAAAAAGCACCUCGUAUGUCAUCUUUCUUAAUAAUAAUAAUAAUAAUAAUAAUAAUAAUGAGUAUAAAUAUCGACACGAUAAUGUUGCCAGGAUAGUUCACUGGGACAUUUCUAAAAAAUCAUGGCCUUCCUGCUGCAGAUAAAUGGUAAUGAACAUGAACCAGAAAGAGUAGUGGAAAAAAGUGACAUUAGGCAAAGCUCCUGUGGGAUUUCUCAAUACAGACAGAUUAUGAUCAAAAUACAAAGUAGAAGGUCAGAUAUCGUUUUCCUAAGUAAGGAAGAAAACCAGUGCUUUAUUGUUGAUAUUGCUGUGCCUGGAGAUGCCCGUAUAGCUGAAAAAGAGAAGGAAAAGAUUGAAAAAAAGUCAUGACCAAGAUCUCAAGAGAGAAAUGACAAGAUUGUGGAACACCAAGGCUCAUGCUGUGCCUGUGAUAGUAGAUGUUCUUGGCAUGAUUCCGAAAAAUCUUAAACAACACCUUGGAACGGGACGAUUGCUAAGGAAAGUGCUCGAAGCCUGAGGCUGUAGGCUACAACUUGCCUUCGGGAUUUGUAAUUACUAAUGGUCGUUUUUUUGCGGAAUUAGACAAAUAAUAAUAGUAAUAAGUAUAAUAAUAUUUAUAAUAAUAACAAUGCUUUAACUAUCCUCUUUUAUAUAGUUUUUCAGGGAUACACAAAAUUUAAAUGGUAUAUAACGUGGUUAAGAUUCAUUAUUAUUCAUUCAAAAUCUUUAUCUUUCCCCAAUUGAUGACCAAAUUUGGAAGAAUUUUGUGUUUAACGAGGAAAUGAAGUAAAAAAUACAGCCUUCUACAGGUUAAUGCACCGUUAACUGAGAAGACCUGGGGACGAGAUUGAGUUGUUUUCGUUGUAAAAACUAAAAUGGCGGACACUUCACUCGUUCAAGAGUAAGAACUAUAGCUGGAACAAGGCAAAAUAAUGGCUAAAAACAUAGCAAAAACAGCAAGAAGACAACUCGGAGGGCAACAGCUGCUAUUUGGAGAAUAUUUGCGGAGCUGAACAAACCUAGACGUAAACUAUCGAAGAUAAACUUAACAUCGAUGCAGGUAAGCUUGUUUUACCUAUGUUUUUAAACUAGAAAUUAUUUUGAAUGAAUAAUAAAAUAAUUAUUGAAUUCGGCUUUCGUAUCAUAUGAAGAAUUAUGGGGAUGUCGGAGGGUGUUAUCCGCCUCGGCCAAACGCUGCUCGAUCUCCAUACAAUUCUUCAUAAGAUACUCAGCCUCAUUCAUUAAUUGUUAAAUAAUAUAUAACUAGUUGAUAUUUACAUAACUCGAUUUGAUUAAAUUUAAAGCUGAGGAAUAGAAGCGCUUGUGCAUAUUAACUAAAGGUAAAUAUAAAUUUUUGUACUUUUAGUUCCAACUGAUGAAGAAGUCAAAGUUAGGCAUAUCCUUGUAGGGACGUUUUUACGUGAGGAAGGGAAGAGCACGUUCUCAGUCAACUUCACGUGGACAGGACCAUUAUUUAACUUUAGUCUUCAUGCCUAUGAAUUUACGUACGAGUUGACGGGCUACAGCGCCAAUGAGAUUGUUCACGGGAACGUGGUAUGUAAUAAACGAUUUUGAUUCUUUUUUGGGGUAAUAGUCAUGCAUUUGAAAUGAUCAAACUCGUUACAUUAAAUGAAUGACUGUUCAAUCCAAACGCACUUCAGCAGGAUAGAUAGCGGUGUUGAUGAUAUGCGAUUCAAAUUUAAAGCAAAACGUUGAAGCCAUGUUGUAAAGGUAACAACAACAAUAAAAAAAACCGCUGAAAUGCCUUUCUUUGCACGUUUAAAAUCGGCGAAAACUGUCAUAUUUCUCAUACAAGCCUCAUUCUGAUCAGUUUUUCCAUCACAAAAAGCGACAUCCUUUCUUGUCAGAGCGGCCUUGAAUUCAUACCAGUGAUGAUAACUUUACUACGAAUUAAUGCCAACACGGUUUACCAACAUUUUGAAUCGUUACAUCCCUUGAUAUUUAUUCGGAAGUCAUGCCACAUAAUUGGCAUUGGUGAUUGUUCUCUGCUGACAAAAACGACGCAAUGAUUUACCAAAUAUAUAUGCCUUGGCAAAGAUAAAUAGCCAGCUCCUUAAAACACAUGUUUGAGAAUGUGUUAAAAAUAAUUUUUGACAAACAGAACUAGAUAACGUGAAAUAUGUAGUCCUCGAAGAAAUUAAAAACGUCAGGAGUCUUUGAAGCCAGUUGCUUUUCUCAUACUGAAUCUGAUUUUUAAACGUUGCCAGACGAAACCAGAAUUUGAGAUGAUCGGAGUGAGGCCAAAGGAAAUUGUAACGCUAAAAGUAGGUACUUAAAUUUUUUAUUAUUGAUGAUAAUUUACGACAAUUACAUUUACUUCUCAAAGCAAAAUUUUGAAUCAGAACAAGUUGGUGUUGUAUUGUAGGUGACGCCUGUCUUCGAAAACGGAAAUAUCCAGAGAAUUGAAAGUCAAGUUAUGGUUACUGCACCAGGUUAGAAUAUUACCAUUACCACCUAGAUUGCCCAAUUAUCCACAGUUGAUUACUUAGCAAAGCCAAACGUAUAUGUGUAACGUUACGAGCAGCUGAUAAAAUGGCUCAUGAUAUAAAGGAAUUUAACGGGUUAUUUAACAAACGCAAAGAUAUUUUCGAACUUUCAAGAGACCAUAGAACUACAAAUCCCGAAUAGCCCACGUUCGAUAUAUUAACGUUCUAACAUAACUCCCAGGCUUCGGGUCAAAAUUGCACAAAUUUCACGAACCCAUUGUCUCGCAGUUCCCAGAAGAGACUUGAGCACGAAGAAACCAAAACCGUUUUAGAAAAAUGACCAGAAAGCCAUAUUGGAAUUUUAAUACAUCGAACGUGGGCUAUUAAAGCACCUUCAAAUAGUUGAAUGCUCGUCCCAGUUGUCUGUUAAAAGGAAGACAAAUUGGAUGAAUACAUAUAAAACCAUGAAUAAAUAGAGAAGUAAUUAACAAAUAUUGUACGAGGCUGAGUAAAAUAUCGUAAUUGUCAGUCGCGAGCAGAUCAAUUAUUUGCCUCAGGGGAUUUGCCUCUCGGUCAAUGAAAAGGAGAAACAUUUUUCAUCCAAUGUUAAAAGUAUGUGUUCAAAUAAUAUCGAAUCGAUAUUUUUAUGAAGAGUUUAUUUAUAUAUCUCUCAUUUUCGUUUUCUGUCACAGAGCCUGAUGCAGCAACUAUAAGAGUUCGAAACUUGUCCGAAAUGAUUCUCAUCACGAGCAAACCAGACCAGUACAAUUAUUUUGUCUCAUGGGAGAUGCCUUUCUUCAAGGAAAGCAAAGUGGAAGAAUACGUUAUAACCUGCAGUCUCUCUGGUAACCCAGACAGGGCAAAAAGAUGGCAGAUAACAACGGUAGUGCAUAUAGAUUUUAUCGUCUCAGCACUCUUUUUAUCUUUCUCGCCAUUCUCUCUAUCUUUCAGUAGCAGCAGGAUAAGCACAGUAGAUAGAGCGCUUUACUGUUGAGCGGGAAGCAGUGGGUUCGAUUCCGAUUUCGUGGCCUGACUUAUACUCAGGUUGACCACGUGAAGUGGCGGUCCCGUCUCCAGACGCCAAAAGCAUUGUCCUCGACCGACUAGUACUUUUAUUAAUUGUAAAAACUUCAACAUUCACCAGAUAAAGUGCAUACAUUUCAAUUGUUUCCGAUUAAUUUUGUUUAAAACCGUUUUGUUGCUGUUUUCUUUCGGCAUGAACGUUUAAACCUAAACGCUUGUGUAGCCGCCAAAGCCACAACCUUUAAUUCAGUGAGUUACAUGUAGGUGUGGCGUGUCAAACUCAUGAACAUGGACUACAAACAUGGUUUCUUGAUAAAAUACAGAAGACGAAAAUAAAAUGAAGAACCAUACACUAACACUAGGAAACGACGAAAUACAGAAAACGCUAAGAAAAGAAACUUACAAACACGUGUAGAAACGUCCGGCUGGCUCGAUGAAAAGCCGCCAUAAAGGGAAAAAAAACAAAUGCAACUUAGAUUCGAACGAACAUGGCGAACACAUAACACAUCCCACGACCUUGCGAUCCUCUGCCUUACCAAAAUGCCGCUGAUUACGCAAAACUGAAGAACCGAACUUUAACAAAACAAACAAAAAAAAAAACAAAGGAAAAAACAAAACAACAAAAAAAGAAACUACAGCUUGCGACCAUUACCCAAACAGUUGAUAUUUAUUCUUAGUAAGUCAUAUCCUUGGCAAGCCAGCACGUUGCUAUAUAUUUGCGGAGCUCCAACCCCUUAAACUCGAAUCAAAUAAAGACCAACAAGAAUUGUGUAUUUUCAAUUUGAAAUGCUUUCCCCUUAUGGUGAACUACACCGUAUAAUUCUCUUUGUUUCACCAGGAGGAUAAUAAUGUCACAAUUUCUGAUUUAAUACCUGGAGACAGAGUGGAAGUUGAGGUAAUACAUACCGCCUUGCUCCAUAGGGGCUCAAAGUACAAAUAUACUAACUAGUGCUCCAAGUGCUGUCACUGUGCCUUUUUUUUCGAGAGUAAAUUCUUGAAUAAGGCUGUCUUAAAUGUUAUGUGCGCGUGUAUGGGUGUUAUGCACCGACACCCUCUGAGAAGUACGUAAUUUUUCAAACCUUACGAAAAUAUUUCAAGUUCUUAACCACCUUACUUCCUCGUAAACUUUCUCUAAAACAUUUCUUGGAGCAGUUUCAGAAUACAAACUGAUGUUUUUUUUUUUCAUGAAACUCCUCCAAACGGAGUGAAUACUUAGCUUUUAUUCCUUUUUUUGGCACGCGUUCUUGCAUUUUAUUCGUUCAGUUUUAAUCAGAAAUUCAGCUUAUUUCGUCACCAGUCGGAUAGCCCUCCAAUCGCUCAUUCGCCAUUUUUUGGCUCAGGCAUACCAAAACAGCUGGGCUGCCGAGCCGUUUCCUGCUGACGAGUUUGUGAAUGUAUACUGGAGCAAUAUAAGAUGCGAUGCUUUUUGCUCGCAUCUUCCAAAUUUGAUCAGCACCAGGAUAAUUAAGAAUUAGCCCAAGAUUAACGCCAGUCAGUAAAUUAAUGGAGAAACAUUUUGAAUGAAUGAUAAUUAAAAAUACAUUAAUAUGUACUACAAAAUAAUUGCAUCAGAGGUUUACGUCUCUCAAAGUUUAGUUGCAUCACAUUAUUACAUUUUAAUAAAGAACAUGACUAUGAUUGAUAGUAACAGUUCUGUAAUGAUGAUGAUGAUGAAGAUGAUGGUGGUGGUGGUGGUGGUGGUGGUGGUGGUAGUAAUGGUAAUAAUACCAACACAACCGUACAUCAGUUCAUUUAUUAUUUGUUCACUGAGGGUAGGGGAAGGAGCGUCGUGAGUAAAAUUUUAUUUAAAUUCAUAUAAACUAAGAUCUGAGUAAUAAUAAAACGUUCAAUUUUUUUCUUUAUCCAAAGGUGAUCUCUAAAUUUAUUGCCCGUGUUAUAACAGGGAAGCCCGAAAAAAUAUUCAUCGAACCUCCAAGUGAGUACUCCUUAGCUUAUUUGCUCUUUUCUCCUUUUUCCGUUUCUAUUUUGAUGGGCGUUGAAAAAUCAAUGUUGACUUAUUAUAAUCAAAGCAUGGUCCCACCAAUGGUACCCUACGGAAAUGGAGUAGAAAAAAAUUAUUUGCUAAUACUAUCUUUUUAAUAGCAAAAUGAUUUAAGUUUUAUAUAGUUUAAAUGCUGACUAUACAUUUAAGUCAAUUCAAGAGGCUUUAUAAAGGAGAACAAGGCUACAUCUACCUUAAAUUUUGUGUUCAGCUUAAACGCCGAUUGUAAUAACGCCAUCUUUUAAGAACGAAAAUAAUUUUUCUCUUAUUAACCAUUCUUCCCAGAACCGAGCAUGGAGAAGUUAAAAGUAGAAAAGCUUGGUCGCGGGUCGUUUGUGGAAGAUGAAGGCACAAACACGUUCAAUGUGACAUUCACCUGGCGAAAACCAUCCUUUGAACAUAGUAACGUUCAUUCCUAUGAAGUGUCUUACGAAUUCCAGGGUGGCUUCGCACGUGACCAGCUUAAUUGUUCAUCUUUGGUGAGAACUGCGUCAGGAUGCUUAAAGACUAGAAUGGUACGUAAAGUCAUUAUAUCCUGGGCAGCUCUUCCUUUAAUUCCAGCUUCAAAUUCAAUUGGCGUUGGAAAUUUUUUUAAGGCUGAAUAAAACCUAACAAGACUAUACAAUCUGCAAUCUGUAAUAAAAUGUACAUGAUUUAUAGACUACCUUACCUUAGAGUAAAGAACUUUUUUUGCUGUACUCGUUUUGACAUGCAAAGUAGUGGGAAUUUUAUCAGACAAAAUAGUGAGAAAAGGGGACUAGUGUAUUUACACUAGAAUGAUAAAGGUUUGGACGAAGGUGAGAGAUGCAAGUCUGGGUAGCACAAACAAACAUUAAAUGUUUGAAUGUUAACUAAUUGAGGACACAUUUAUUAAAUUAUUUUCAGUUAACAAAAGUUGACUUUCUUGUUCUACCGUCUUUACAGAACCAGACGUCUCUAAAGAUAGAAGGCGUGUUUCCUGAAGAACAAAUAAGUUUAAAGGUAAAAGAUUCUGAAUAUUAUGGCCUGAACACGUAAUUUAAACUUAUUCUACUUUACGUGGGCAUCGUAGACUGCUCAAGACUUGUUUUAGACAUACAAUUAACCAGUGAAAAUUUUGUCUUCUUCUGUUAUCAUCAUAGCUGUUGUUGCUACCUACAAAAACUUGAUUUGGAAGUCAAUUUUAUUCAUUUCUAGUUGAGUACCAUAAUCAUUAAUUUUCCUAAACCAACAGGUUAAACCUCUUUUCGACAACGAUUACAUCAUCGGACAAGAAAACGAAAUCACAGAGACUGCCCCAAGUACGUGUCAAGUGUGAAUCUUUACGAUUUCAUCACAUCUUUAUCCUAUUACGUUUGUGGCUUUCAUUUAAGGGACCUCUUACUCCUCACCAAUCAGGAGGCUAGACUAGUGCUUUUUAGAAUUUCACUUUUUGUAUGUUCGCAUUGUUUUAGCCCAUUUGGAGAAAUGAAUUUUUCCUUUAUUACCACUAAACCUUUUGAUGGACUGUAAUUAAUAUACAUGAAUGUAAAUCUAGCCUGAUUUUACGAGACCUAUGAGCCAACGGUAAUAACGGGCAAAAAAAAAAACGUGCAACUUGUUUUGCAACGUUACUGCAGAGACGUUGGCGUUUUACCACCCGCGUUCAAAUCUGUCUUCCAACAAAUAAAGGUUGCUGCAGAUUUAAUGAAUACUGACUUUUGUUUGGAUAAAAUUACGCGGGAGCCACGCCAUACGCGAGAGUUAUGUCAUUUGCUGCGAAAAAAAGUUUGCCUGUGCCAUAGUUAUUAAAGUGGAAUGGUUAUGAAACCCGUUAGACUCCUUUGUUAUAUGUCUUUGUUAGCUUCUCGGACCUGACCGUGUACAACAUUCAAUAGCAUUCCUAUCAUUUUGAACUUACUAACUAAUAGAAGCAUUGCAUUAAUUUAUUCAGUCACAAUUUGUGAACGAACAACAAAGGAUUGUGCACGGUCAGGUCAAAUUUGAUGUUCGCUGGCUUUCCUUAAACCAGUCUCCUCUACUAACUAUGCCUUUGGCCGCUAAAACGCGCAACAUGGACAAAUUUUCUUGCAAAAAGUAGAAGUACUCUCUCCUUUCUGCAACAACUUUUCGAACCCUGCAACAAGCAGAUUUGAUGCAAGACAGGUUUGAACAUGAGUGGUAAAACGCGCAACAUCGCUUUUCAACUCAUUUUUCAGCAAUGCUGCAAAACAGGUUGCACGCUCGGGUCUGCAUUGUAUAAUUUAUCUUAAUUGCCGCAUCACGUUUUCAUGUUAUGAGGAAAUUCUUGUUUCCUUUCCGAUGUACUCUAGGACCCAACGAGGAGCUUGUAAAAGUGAUUGGGUUGAAGCAUGGCGUCCAGGUUGCUGGUCCUAACAAUACGUUUAGCACAACAGUUUGGUGGGAGAAACCAUUGUUCAAACACAGUGGAGUUAAAUACUAUACAUACAAAGUGUUGCCUAUAUCUGACCAAAAAAGGCGAAAGAGAGACAUCAAUCUUUACGCUGGUGUUGAUACUGUAAGUUGAUGAGAGUGAUGAGUGUUUCUUUUGAAUCACUGCAGAAGUUCUUAAGUUGGUCAGUUGAAAACCCGGGAGAGAUAGGUACUCAACAAAGUUUUAUAUAGCUAGGCUCCGCCCUGCGGUCCAACAACUUACCAAGAUUUAUGUACCAUUUAUAAGGUUACCCCUUUCACAUACCUUGUUUAGAACUUUGCAUCUCUUUUGACAGCUAUAAAUGCACUGUCUUUUAAAUAGGUAUCAAUCACAAAAAUAGAACGUUUUCUGACUUUAUAAAGCCAUUAAAUUAAUCUGUUAGCCCUUUUGUGCCCUUUCACCGACCCAAAUGACAGAUUUCCUUACUCUUCUAUAUACUUCAACUAGUGAAAUCCGGCUACCCUUUCAUAUACCUGCAGCCUGAAAAAAGGUACCCCUUUCGGGCGGAGCCUUCCUGUAUAGGCCAUUAAGGGACGAUCCCGCACCUGUUUGAAAGAUUGUUUUUGAUUAGCUGGGAAACAAUACUGAUUGUCACCUAACAAUGCCCCUAUCCCUGAAAACAAUGGAAGUGCAGAUUUAAGGGGACUAGUGAAAUAAGAGGUUUAGAACGGUGCAGGUAUGACUGCCAUUAAGGAGGGUUUCCCAGGGGUUGAGAAUAACUGUGGUUUAGAGAAUGUUAAGUUAUUUUGAGAAUAUAACUCCGAAGUGUGAUCAGAAAAACAAGAACAAAGUUACGCUAAGUUUCUUGUAGGUUCCCACGCAGGCGUUUUUAGGGCAGCUCUUAGGAGACGAAAUACGAGCUCCCCUAAAAACACUGCGUGGCAGGUUACAAUCCUUGAGGCCCAGUGCGCGCAUUUACCUCAUCCUUGCCUUGUUUAUAGUUAAGUAAUCAUGUCAAAUUUGUCUUCGGAUUUUUUAUGUGCUGAAAUAUGAAUGCAUUAUUACGGUUGUUGGUCCGAUCCAUUUGUGCGUGUGACUGUUUUUAUGUUUUUAUAGUCUAAUACAAAUGCUACAAUCAGUGGGAUCAACAAGGACAUUCCUGUGGAAUUUCAGGUAAUCGCUUUGGUCAGGCAGCAAGAUUAUUACAAAUUAUGGUAUACCUUUCUAACACCAAACUGAACUCACCACAUCCAUUAGUCCGCAUUUUCAAAAUUGUUUGCCGUCUAAUGAAGAAAACAUGUCGUUACUGCACAAAUAAAGUCUAGAACGAGUGUCUUUCAUCCGAGAAAAAUCUGCCAAUGUCAAAGCUGGGAACACACUCGCCUUACCAAAAAGUACACUGAUUGAAAUAUUUUUGCAAGCAAUAUACUGAUGCUUGACAUGUAUAUGUUAUUUCAUUUCACACUUUUGGACCAAGCAAGUGUUCUCAUUGUAUCAUUUCAAUAUACUUUUAGGUUACGCCUGUCUUCCAGGUUCGAGCGGUCAACGGUAUAAAUGAUCAGAUUGACAUUUCAUGGAAAGAUCCAGAUGUCCAAAACGGUAUUUUUUCCUAUUAGUCAAUUUAACACCUAACUUUCGCUGCAGCUGUGGUUCGAGAAGAAAACUAGCUAAAACUGGGCCUAGUUCACUUUCGCAAAGACUUCUGGGACUGUUACAAGGUAUAUGGAGGUGCCGGAAAUUGGCCAAUACCUCACCCGCGUGUUGCCAGUAACGAUACCAGAAACAAUUGAGGGACGCAUUUCGGCUCCAGUUCCCUUCUCGCUUGACCUAAGUUUAUUCCUUUUAUAAUGACACGCAAUGCUCUUUUUCAGAUAAAGGUUCUUUCAAGUUUACUCCAGCUCAGGUUGGCGGGCUUAUCGGAGGCGUUAUACUUGGUGCCCUGAUUGCUGUAUGUUUAGUGAUUUGGUGUAACAAACAAAGAAAGAUACGAAUGGAAAAGAGGGGUCUUGUAUCAGGGUAAGGUUUCUUAAGAAUAAACCCAACGGAAUGUUUAGGGCAGGAUUUUGAUGUCUUGCACUGGGAUGUACUGUAAAGAAAUAUUAAAAUACUUUGAUUACAUUUGAUCGAUUACAUGAUUGCUUGCAAAUGAAGACAACUGUUUGUUAAAUUCAUGUUACCGCACAAACUCAUUAAGUAGUUGUAAUCUAAUUACUGAAAUAAUAGUUUGCGCUAUCAUUGUAGAUCUAAAGGAUGACCUUCUAGAAAGUUUAAAACUUGAAAAUUGAGAUCAUACUACUGCCUUUGUGGCGUCAUUGGUUGGCGAACUAAAGAAGAUGGCCGACCUUGUCUCCAACAUGCUUCACCAAUCUGCAUUAGAGAACGGAAAUCCACAAAAAAAGGAAUUGGCAAAAACAUGACUUGCCACAUGAUAGUUGCGAUAAAUCAUUUAACAGGAAGGCAGUUUUACUAAGCUACUCCAGCAAGUUAUCAGCGUGGUUCUUUGUACGCUAGCCACCGUAAACUUUUUGUCAAUCCAAAAAAAACAUAUGGCAGCACCUUACUGAUAUUGCAUUGAUGUGCUUUAUUCCUAAUGUCUGAGCGUCAAACGACAAAUCGAUGACUUUCACUGUCACACCAGGAGGAAAAGAAAACUCAAAUACCCAGCACAUUGAAUUAAUAUUCUGAUUAUUUUUUCUUUUGCCAGAACCAAUGCGUUAAUAAUUGAUCAUUGGGAAGUGGAUAGUGACUUGGUGUCCCUUGAGGAGGAGCAAGGAGAGGGUGCUUUUGGUAAAGUGUAUAAAGGAACCAUAAAGCAAGCAACUACAAUAUCACGUAGGCUUUCAGUGAUGCCCCCAGUGAGUCCUCUUCGGAAAUCUGCAAUCACGCAAGCCAUGCCAUUUACUGUGGCAGUGAAAAUGCUUCACGGUAAAUUUUGGGUCAUUAUUCCGUAUUUUUUCCAUAGCCUGCGCCACAGACGAAACGAAACCCUGGUUAAGUCCGGCUGCGAAACAAGGCCAAAAUCUUUGAUCUGAGCCAGGAUUUGAGUCGGUUGGAGGCACAGAACAAGGAUCUCGGCUCUGCUUCGCGGACGUUACUAAGGUCUGGCUCAGACGCCGUAAUUUUCAUGUGCUGAAUAAGUUCGACUUUGGAGCGACACUGGGGCGACAUCAGAUUCAGACGACGCACCGUGUGUCGAGCCUAUUAGUAAGUCAAGUUUGACAAAAUUUCGACAGACUCUGUCGAACUUUUGCCGCACCAAACGCUUUUGCCGCACCUAACUAAAACUGCCGUACCAAAUUGAUUCAGACGUCGUUCUCUUGCCGUACUUAAUUCAUCAGUUAGGUUCAGCACAUAAGGGGAGCGGUGUCUGAACCGGACCUAAAUUACGUCUGUGACGCAGGCUAAGUUUUUUCCUGUAAUCUCUAGUUUUUAAUUUUUCAUUCUGACAACGAUGCGUUAACGUUAAUAUUUGAGUACAACAAUUUUCAUUGAAACCAAUCCCUAUAAUUUUAUGUGGUUAAGCAGGCUGCGAACAGACUGGAGAUUCAACUCAGGUGACAAUUAUUUUGGAGAUUUUAAUGUACUGUAAGAAAGGUUAGAAAAUAAUUUUUGUAACUGUCUCCGGUUGUUCUUAUCUACAGGUAUGGCAGAUAGUGACCAAAGAAGGGAGUUUCUGGAAGAAAUUCAAUUGAUGAAAGCAUUGGGUUCGCACAAGAAUAUUGUUAACAUGGUCGGUUGUUGCACUUUGGAGGAACCCAUGUUCUUGUUGGUUGAAUUUGUCCCUUACGGUGAUCUUCUGCAUUACCUCAGAAAGCGCCGAGGAAAGGUACAAGAUAUAAAGGAAUCUACUCAAAGCGGCUUCCAUUGGAAAUAAAUUGUUAAAGCCAAACUGUUUAGUUUGGACCUAUAAAAGAAUUGCCUGGAGUGCACUUCGUUUGAGAGAUUUAUCCUUAUUAAUGUCUUGUCAAAGACGUUAAUAUUUACCAUGCACUCCUCUGUCGUAGGCUUCCUUAAUCUGCUUCUUCUCUGGCCGUAUAGUAGUAUUUUAUAGAAUCAUUAGCGAAAGUUAUCCGCCGUUCCCUUCGUGAUGACCCAUUUGACCGAACAUUUUAAAACCGAGUUUCUUUUUUGCUGUACCACGCGUAGCACUCCUUCACAUGUCAACCGUGUCAUCGCAUUAAUGUUCAAAACCAUAUUACAGGUACAUUCAAAAACCAUAUAGAUUUUUUUUUAAAAAAAUCUAGUCAGUGGAUAUGUUAUUCUGUAUGUACCCGGCGCUAAUGGAUACCAAGAAAAUAUGACUGUAUCUUCCCUUUUACAUGGGAACUGGGACGAUUUUUUUGCCUCUUUUUCAGGUAAAAGUGUACCCCGGAGACGAGUCAAAAAGUCCAUACCGCUCUACAUAUUGUGAAACAUAUGUACUUAAUGCAAAGCGGGGAGAAAUAUCAGUACAGGUACAUGUACAUAGUCGUUGGAAUUAUUUGUUGCAUGAGUCGGUAAAAUAAUUUCAAAGCCUACCACCAGUGCGGUCAUUUUUUUUUUCCUGGUUAACUGAAAUAUAAUAUUUUAUGCUAGACGUUAUGUAUGUUUCUUCUCUGGUUGGCUUUCUAUUCUUUUUAUAUAAUUAGUGUUUCAGCGGAUUACCUGUGUCUGGUUAGCUCGGUUGCUAGGAUGAAGCGCCGGUCUGCCACUGCCCAAGCCCCGGCGGGCCCGCAACAUAUGGGGUCUUAGAAUAAUUAAGGAGAAAGUGUUGCCUUUGUAACGACAACUAUGGUUAGACUUUCUAGUACCUCUUGGACAAGGACGAUAAGACGCACAACACUUGCACAUAUAAUAAAUUCUUUGGGACGUUAAUGAAUCCAUGGCGGGGGCACGACCCAUUGUGGGAAUCUAUCUCAAAUUCACACUCACAUUAGUGGCGGGCAUUCCAUAACUUAUGAAUACUUCAAAACUUACGCACUGCACUAUCAGCAGUCUGGCAAAAGUUCUCCAACCAAAGCAGUAAAUUAUACCUGAAAGUCCUGAGGAGAGUGACUAAUGUCAUAUUCACAAUUUUACAAUUUAAGAACUCUAGUGUUGGUUCUAGGUGAUUUUUUUUUCUAUUUAAUUUUUAGGCAACUAGGAGCGAUCGUAUUUACGUUAAUACCCCUGACGCUCCAAAGAGUGACGGCGGAAACGUGCAGAUUCUCUCAUUUUCUCAGUCUUCAAAAGCGGGUGAGGAAUCCGGAGCUGAAAACAAAGGGAUGGCGAAAGAUGAAAUUCACUCAGACGACGACGACGAAGAAGAAGAUGCUCUGACACCAGGAGAUUUACUUGCAUUUGCCUGGCAAAUCAGCGAAGGCAUGGUAAGAAUACUGCAUGUUUGGCCAUGUGAACACAUACAUGGGGCAAAUUUCAAACUUUCGUAACUCUCCUCUCGCUUACUUUGUUUUGAUUCUGACAAAAAUUGGUGCCGAAGUUUAGUGAUGCGGGUUCUCCGAAAAGCGAAACCAGUGACUGCCGAAGCACGUAUUGUCAUUUCUAUCACGCUUUUGGUAUAUCACUUUUACUAGAUGAAAUAAGAAUGUAUCAGCGUAAGUCUAUAACAGCCUCAGUCUCCUAGAGUCUCAGUUAAGAUAUGCGUAAAAUGUUCCAAUAUUAAUUCAAACGACUGGAUCAGAAUACAUUACCUAUUUUGUUUCUUAACCCACACUAAAAAUUGUCUAGCGGGGGCCUUGCCAUGCAGAUAUCGCUUUAUUCUGUUAUAGAAAACGCAUGUGGAUUAAGUAUUCGAUUACAUAAUUGAACAAGAAAAUAUCAUAGCGAAACGGGUCACACCGGACGAGUUCAUCCUGGUUGCUCUGACGUAGCGACAAAAAGGUCAUCCCGGUACGAAAUCUCUCACAUUAAAGUAUCAUGUAAACGAAGAUCGACAACUCGUUUUAAUACGAAAUCUGUCUCCCAGUGAAAGAAAAAGAAAGUAUAACGCGACAAGAAAUCACGUGGAUGAGAGUAACCUCAAGAAAACAAAAAUGGAUCUCUCAAAUAUAAGUAGGAUUCAAAGGAGAGAUAAAACCCUGGCAAUCUUUGGUAAGUUUAAAGUGAAACUGAAAGUAUUGUGGGAUGUUAACACUGAAACAUAAUGUAACAAAUUUCAACAGGAAUAUUUGGCGAGAAAAGGCUUUGUACAUCGCGACUUAGCAGCCCGCAACGUUCUUGUUGGAGAGAAUAAAAUUGCAAAAGUAGCAGAUUUUGGUUUGACUCGACACGUGUAUGAAGAGAAGGUUUAUCAUGCUAAAAGAAGCAGGAAACUCCCCUUGAAAUGGAUGUCUAUUGAAGCCAUUUUUGAUCAAACAUUCACCUCACAGAGCGAUGUGUAAGUAUUUUGUUUAUAGUUAUGCGUCAAAGGAUAAACUAAUGUUUAAACUCCUAUCAAUACAACUGUAUAAAUGCUGAUGUAAGCUAAAAAGAUCGAUAGCUUAAUUUGUAAAUGACUGACCACUGACUUUUCCUACCUAAACUCGCCCCAGGUAAGGUAAUCUGGGUACCGGAGUCCUGUAAAUGUUUCUUUCUGAAAUCAGGAAUCGGACAUAUUUUCGCUUGUAUAAUCCGGAAUCUACAGCUUAAGGAAUCCGGAAAAUCCAGCCAACGAUUGGAAUCCGAAAUCCAAGUUCCAUGAGAAUCCAGUACCAGUACCUAGAAUCCGAGAUCUACAUUGUUGAAUCCAGAAUCCCCACAAAACUAUCUAAACUAUCUUGGAUUACUUUACAUGUGGUGACUAACCAAAGACUGUCAUUCACUCUAUUGACUGAUAGCAAGCGAGUACGGUAUAACUGAAAUGCUUGUAUUAAUUGCUUUAUGAGGUACGUUGUAAAAUUUAAGAUUCAUCAUUUGUCUUAUCACUGUUCGCUCACGUAUCAGCAAAGAGGCGCCCCUCGUCGCCGGCAUGUAACACUUCAUUGAGUAUUUGGAAUGAUAAUAAUGGUACUUGUUGUUUAUUGUUAGAUGGGCCUUUGGUGUUCUCUUAUGGGAGUUGGUCACACUUGGUAAGUUUUCACGCAUAACUUUUACUUGUGAGUUGUGUUUCCUGAAAACUACUAAAGUUCCAUCGGUUUAGAACCGUUUAUUUUUUUUCAUUUUUGCGCUCCAAUGGUUAUAUAAGGGAGCUUUUACGGUCACGAGGGAACGAAAAAGAUACUGCCGUUGAAAGGUUUUCAAACAUUCUCAGAUUAAACAAGUUUCCAUAAUGAUUUGCACAAUUUACAGCCUGCAUGAACUGGUUUCCACUGCAACAGAUUGGAUUGGAAUUUCUGGAAUUUCGAUCAGGAAGUUUUAUUAGUUUUCCCCCAAUUUUAUUCUUUCAUUGUAUGUUUUAAAGUUAUUUCAGGACAAAGAUUAAUUCUUAUUCGCUUGUAUUUAGGUGGCACUCCAUAUCCAACAAUUAACAAUAGGGAACUGCUUCGCCUUUUGAAAACUGGCUAUCGUAUGGAGAAACCAGAAAUCUGCAAUGACGAAAUGUAUGUUAUGACUGUGUAAUUAGAUUAUUCUGCAAGUCAUGUUCCAAUUAUUACCCAGGGCUUUUUAAUAACACGGGACUUUUAAAAGCCAAAAUUUUAACCUACAGUUUCUUUUUCGUUUACGAAACUCUAUGGAAACAUAGAUUUUCUUUAGAGAGUUUACGUUUGUAGGUUAUAGAUUGAAGAUUUCGAUCAAUUUUGUCUGUUUCAUUUCGUGGUAAUUAUUAUUGAUGGACGGGAUUAACAUGGCGUUUUCUUAAAAAAUUUUUAAAGCAAAGCAAAAUAAAAUAAGAUAAAGUAAAAUAAAAAAGAGAAACAGACUCAAUAGUUUUAACUGCAUGCAAUUCAAACUCUACCCUUCACCAUUCACCAGCAUCUGAACCCGCCCACUGAAGAUAAAGAUGUUCAAACGGAUCUAACAUGUUGCAUUCAACAAUGUGGAUCAUUCCUUUCGAAUGGAUUUCAAGGGUGGGCUGAACGCUCAGUUAAUUACAUUCUGUGAUUUCUUUUUAGCUACGAGAUAAUGACGCAUUGUUGGAUGGAAUCACCUAACGACAGACCAAACUUUACGCAGAUAAGAGAGAGACUGGAAGUGAUGAUGCAGAAGGAUAACCCUUACCUGGAUUUCAGUGCAUUGGAUGAAACCAGGGAAUAUUAUAAUGUACCAUCAUUUAACAGUCUCGUUGACGAAACCACAGACGACGAGUUUCUUGACAAAGAAGACGACGAACUCUUAAGAGAAACAAGCGAUGACUGCAAUGAAGGGGAAAACAUUGACGCAGGCGACUCUGCAAAAAGGAACGAACUUGCCACCAUGGCCAAGGCAUUCAAGAACCUUGACAAAAGGGGUGAUAAUUUUGAUCCUGGUUUUGGACUUAAUAACAACAAUAAGUUGGCAGGGAAGGGAUUCAGUGAAUUGAAGGAUAUUAAAGUGGAUUUCGACGCCAUCGAAAUGUCAAUAUAUCGCGCGGGUAAUAAGGAAAUUGCCCUCUAGCAAUCUAAUAAUUAACCGAUCGUCAAGGGCUGCCCUCUGUCCGCUUGAAAGCUAACUUUUCCAGCUGUCAUAUUAAAAUAAGCUGUUUGUAUUUAACACAUAUAGUGACGAUCAUUGGUUAGUCUGUUCUCAUUGUCGAGAUCUAGCUUAAAAUUGAAGGUGCACUGGUUUCACUCCGUUUUGCCAUGUGGGUGUACUAUUGAGUAAUUGUCACACUAUACAAUGGCGGAUAAAUUUUUCUGGACGACAAGUAUCGAUUUGAACUUGCAUAUUUUGCCCUGUAAGUUUUAAUUACGAACUGAAGCAAAGGACCCUA